GGAUGGCGCCAACCUCAGCGCGGACACCACUUUUGAAGCGAUCGAUCUCGCCCGCCGGGGCUUUGCAGGAAAAUGAAAGCACAGAAGCCCUCGACGACUUAGAACAGGAGCAAAACGACAAAUGUCAGCUCAUGCCCUGCCUACCGUGGCGGUACGCCAUCGCCGUGGUAGGCCUCUUCGGAUUCGCCUCCGGCUACGCCAUGCGGGCCAACAUGUCCGUCGCCAUCGUGAAGAUGGUGAAGAACUCGUCAUCUUCCGGUGAAGGUCAUGGCUCCGCCUGCCCAAGACCCCACACCAACGGCACGGAUGAAAGUACGGGUGACUUCGACUGGGACGAAAACACGCAGGCGCUGGUGCUGAGCAGCUUCUUCUUGGGCUACGCCGUCACCCAGUUCCCAGCAGGACGAAUAUCAGAGGUGUACGGACCGCGGCUCGUCUUCUUCAGUGGCAUAUUCCUGUCCGCCAUCGGGAGCCUGCUGACGCCCAUCUGCGCCCACACAAACUUCGGCCUGCUGAUCGUCUGCCGCUUCGUCAUGGGCCUCGGAGAGGCGGUGCUGUACCCGUGCUACCAGGUGGUCGUCAGCAACUGGGCGCCACCCACGGAAAAGAGCCGAAUGACUGUCCUAGGCACAACAGGCAACACCUGGGGCACUAUACUGGGGAUGCCGAUCUCUGGACUGCUGGCCGGCUCGAGCCUCGGCUGGGAAUCCGUCUUCUACUUCUUCGGCUUCAGCAGCAUCUUGUGGUGCGUGUUCUGGGCGCUGCUAGUCUACAACUACCCGCAUCAGCAUCCGCGCAUCACGCAGCGCGAGAAGACCCUCAUCGAGACCAAGAAGAGAGAGUACAGCGAGGCACUCGGCCAGCAGCACUGCGCGACGAGACCGCCGGUGCCCUGGAAGGCGAUGUUCACCAGCGUGCCCUACAUCGCCAAUGUCUUCACCGCCUUCUGCUACAGCUGGGGCUGGUAUAUGCUGCUCACCGAGCUGCCCACGUACAUGAACAAUAUUCUACACUUCAAAAUCGACCAGAAUGCGUUUCUCUCGGCGCUCCCUUUCCUGUUUAUGUCCAUCGUUUCGAACAUCGCCGCAUUCAGCCAGGAUAAGCUGAUGGAACGCAAGACAUUCAGCAAGACCGUCGUCAGGAAAAUAUUCGCAGUCACUGGCCUGCUGGGGUCAGGCAUCUUCCUGGCGCUCGCCUCAUUCGCCGGGUGCGAUCACGUGGUGAUCGUUGCGCUGCUCUGCAUCGCGGUGGCUAUGGUGGGCUGCAUCGUCUCCUCCCUGCUCGUCAACUACCUCGACCUGGCGCCCAACUUUGCCGGCUCCAUGAUGGGCGUCAGCAACUGCGUCAUGGCCAUCGCCGGCAUCGUGGCGCCGCUGGUCACGGGUGCCAUCGUGGCAGGUGGCCAGGCGGUGACAGGUGGCCAGGUGGUGAUGGAUGGCCACGUGGACACGACUGACCUGGAGCAUUGGCAGAUCGUCUUCUGUCUGACAGCAGGCAUCCACGCGAUGGGCGCGCUUGUGUUCAUCAUCUUUGCGUCCGCCGAGGAGCAGUGGUGGAAUUGCUACCCCUCACGGGAGGCGGCAGAGCUAGCUGCCAAGGAAAAUGAACUGACCAAGGAACGGUACUACAAGGUGGUCGCCCUGCCGUGA